GUUGCCAUGAACUACCAAACCAAGUGUGACCAGAUGGAUCUGAAUCUCGGCAAGUUUCGACAGAAUGGAGGUUGUGGGUACGUCCUAAAACCGGAAGUCCUCAGGAAAGAUUACUUGAAGAUUGACACUUCCGGAAAGAUCCCAGCUAAGUACAGAAAGAACCUUACCGUCAGGGUGAUCAGCACCUUCCAGCUGCCCAGCCCGUCCGAGAAGGGUACGAGCUGUGCGGACCCGUACGUCAAGGUGCAGAUAUGCGGUAUCCCAGCAGACUGCGCGGAGCAGAGGACCGAGUGGAAAAAGAACAGCGCAUUCCAUGCCGUGUGGAACAUGGCCAUGACGUUCCCACUGUCCCUGCCUGAGCUGGCCAUGCUGCGGUUUGAAGUGAAGGAUCACGACAGCAUGUCCGGCAGCGACAUGUUGGGACAGUUCGCGUUACCCAUAGACUCUCUACAACAGGGCUACCGUCACGUCCGUCUACUGGAUAAGGGCGGCGGGGAUAUCAGCCCAGCUUCGCUGUUUGUUUACAUCAGUCUUCAGGCACCAUAAACUCGUGUAUAAUCCCAUAAGGCCACACCAAUUUUAUUUGUUGCUCCUCGAGUUUUCCUGUCCAUCUUUUUUCAUUUAAAAAAAAUAAGUCCCGAGAAAAAGCAUUUUUUUCCCUUCACAAACCUGUACAUAUUACCAUUCAAAAUGUCAAUCUAAAUACAAUGCAAUUUAUUAAGAACAUUAGUAUUGUAUCAAAGGAAGGGAUUCAUUGUAUAAAACGUGCCAUUAAACUCCUCAGGCUGUUGUUUUUUUGUGUCAUUUAAGCCAUAUAUCUUCACCCUAGACCUUUUAAAAAAUAUUUUUAUUUCUUUUUGACCUAUCGCUCCGAUAUUUUUUUUGGAAAAAAUCCGAGACACAACAAAUAAAUUUGGUGUGGCUACACAAAAGUGCUUUUUUGAGUGAGCGAUAUCUCUUGGAGACGUUCAACUUCAUGAGAAAAAGAAAACUAUCUCGUUUUGUAAUAAUACAUGAUCGUUGCUUAUCAAAUUCUUAUUUUUUAAUAAUUAAAACAUAUUCUCGAAUUACAAUUGCAGCUUUAAAAAUGACCCACAAAACAGCUUCAUGUAGUAAACGAACGUAAGCGUUGUCAGGCAUCGUUGAGUAAGAUCUAAUUUGUAACCAAAAACUAUGAAUGGAUAUGCAAACGAGGUGGGGACAAAUUUCAAUAGAUCAUUAUUUGAAGGCUGGUUUGGCAUGCUUUGAACUGCUUGUUUGGUAGAAUUGUAGUAUAACCCCACCAUUGCCGUGGAUACCAGAGCUGCCUGUGAAUUUUAAUGUGACGAUGACACGUCCCCUAUUUUGUUCGAACCCUGGUUUCGCGAAAAAAACGAGGAUAAUUACAUGUUAAUGAUAUGCGUGCAAUUCGCGUGGGAAUGUAGCUGAGCCCUGCUUGAUAACUUGUAAAGUAUUGAACACCUGAUGCAGAGCCCUUAACAUACUCUACUCGUUCUAGUGCUAUUCUUGAAAAUUACUUUGUCAGCAAUACUAAUGUCUGUUGCAUGUUGCAAGUUGUGUUGCUAUAGGAACCUACUAUAGGAAAAGUAACUGCUCGAGUUGAAAAUAUGUUAUAGUUUUAUUGUACAAAACAAAUCGUGCCUCAAAUUCAUGUAUUACUUGCAAGGUGUGAGUAAACAAAAUACAACUGGAAUUAGGUAUGAUAUUGGUUAUAGAACAUCAUAGUAGAAUAUAUGGCCCUUGAUGUACAAUGAAUGACAUUCUGUGACUCUGAAACCUGUAUGUAAUUGUACUUGAUGUGACAUGGUUAUUGUGUAGUUGAAGGAGCACUAAGCUGAAGAGGAUGUUGACUUCUAGCACAUUAUGUAUUGAAUGAAACCAGUCGCCUUUUUUGCAGAAUUUCACUUGUAGUGAAUUACAAAACUUGUGUUUUCUAAAACAAUAUGAUACUCACCAAUCCAUUGUAAACCCAACCAGUGCAUUACCAAGAAGGCCAAACGCUAAAUUGUCAAAGACAACGUUGCAAUAUGAGUUUCUCAUCGCCCAUGAAAUUGUUUUGCCUUGUCAGUCACAUUGUAUUCAGCCAUAGGCUGAGAUCGCUUUUAAUAGGUAGGAUACUGAAAGCUUUUCGAUGCGCGGGGACUAUUGGCCGUGGACUUUAUCGUAUGCUGUGAAGUAGUAAGCAUUUUCCCUCUUAAACGCAUUAUCUAUUGGAAAAUAACACUUCUUCAGGAAUGUAGUGUUUCUUUCAUACCAUCCCUGAAAUAUGCCUUGUGGAAAAAAGAGAUACGACAAUUGCGCUUACAAGGGUUUAGGAUGAUAUAGUGACGAUUUUAGGAAGAUGUGACAAUAGCAAAUUGUUAUUGUCACUUACAAUGGAGUACGACAAUAUAGUUACAAUCCUUGGAAGAUGUGACAAUAGCAAAUUGUCAUUGUCACUCACAAUGAAGAAGGAUAGUAUAGUAACUAUCAUUGAAAGAUGAAACAAUAGCAAAUUGUCAUUGUCACUUACAAUGGAUUAGGAUAAUGUAGUUACAAUCUUUGGAAGAUGUGACAAUAGCAAAUUGUCAUUAUCACUUACAAUUAAGUAGGAUAAUAUAAUUAAGAUCUUUGGAAGAUGCGGCAAUAUCAAAUUGCCAUUGCAACUUACAAUGGAGUUGGAUAAUGUAGUUACACUCUUUGAAAGAUGUGACAAUAGCAAAUUGUCAUUGUCAUUUGUUAUGUUUGAUGGUAAGAAAUCUGAAUUUGACGUGCAAUCUAUGUAACCUAUAUUUUGGAGGUAACAAUACACUGAAUGGUAUACUAUUGCACGGAAAUAUUGCAUGGUAAUAUUCAUUAACCAAAGGAUUUCCCAAGUUACCUUUUUAUUGUACAGUCGAUGGCCCCAGAGUUCAGUGAAUUCAGAAUACAAAUAUUAUAGCAUGUGUAUUGUUGGCGCAUCAAAUAUAUUAGGUAAUAUUCUUGAGGGCAAUUAGGUUCAUUUUUUAACAGUAACGCUGAAUCUCUAAGAUAUACACCACUGAUUUUAGUAUGUAUUACAGAUAGGAAUAACUAACAGCUACCAUUUUUGCUGGUAAACUUUGAUGUUUUGAAGUGCUGUUGGUUUUUACCAAAUACAUUUGUAAAUUAUGCAAAAAAAGAAUGCUUCUGAGCCACAUGAAA